GCUCGACGUCGUGACGCCAUUCUCCUGCGACUGCGCGAGAGUGGAGGUGACGGUUGGCGUCCUCUCUCCGGCGGGAACCCCGAGAGCGGCUCCUUGUCUUCGGCCUCUGACCUCGGCACGGAAGGAAAAGCGGCAAGAUGACGGACCGCUACACCAUCCACAGCCAGCUGGAGCAUCUCCAGUCCAAGUACAUCGGCACGGGCCACGCCGACACCACCAAGUGGGAGUGGCUGGUGAACCAGCACCGCGACUCGUACUGCUCCUACAUGGGCCACUUCGACCUUCUCAACUACUUCGCCAUUGCCGAGAACGAGAGCAAGGCGCGAGUCCGCUUCAACUUGAUGGAGAAGAUGCUGCAGCCCUGCGGGCCGCCCGCCGACAAGCCCGAGGAGAACUGAGCCCCGCGCCGCCUGGCCUCCGCCGGCCGCCGUCCUCCCGGCGUCUUCCUGCCCCCGUGGACGGCUUUGCGCGUGCGGCCGUGCGUUCCCAGCGGCGGCCCCCAGCCCUGCCGUGGUGUGCCCUGCGGACCUGGCGCCGAGAGACCGUCGGGGCCAGGCCUGAGACUCACUGUGCGCCGGACUGAGACGGGACUUGGAGGCUGGGGGUUUCGGCUUGUUGAUUGCCGCCGUUGCUGUUUUUCCAUAAAGUUUAGAAAGUUCCCAGGCUCUUGGUGUGAACUGCUGUGUCGGGUGGAGGGGCUCGGGAGGACGCUGGGACCAAGGUCUGCUGAGAAGUACGAGUAGGAAAUGAGGGGGGCACGGGGCCAGCGUUCAUUGCCCGGCCUGAAAUCAGCAUCCACACCUCUGUACCAUUACUCCACACCGGUGUGUUCCACGAAUGUUUUCAGGUUCAUUUGGAGUUUUUUAUAAUAUCCCAUUCUGUUUCCCAUUGCAAAAGUUUGCUGUCACCGACCUAUUGUAAAUUGAAUACAAUUUGUUUGAAAUCUGUGGCUUCAGAAAUGA